CAUGUUUUGCAGCCUUUUUCGACAAUUCUAUUCGUUUAUGUCCCUUCGUGUCGUGGCAACGUGAAGAUAGUGCAUUUUUUUCCUGAGAAAAAUCCGCGAUUACUAUAGAUGUAAUUAUGGCCGCCAAUACAAAAGGGAAACGAAAAGUUAAGGGCAAGACCCUUGAUUUAAAUACAUUUUUGGGUGAAGAUCAAGAUGCUCCAACAGGAUAUGCUGUUAUCCAACCUCGUCGAUUCGAUUGGGCUGAUACUAUGGAGAAUGAGGAUCUUGAUGAUCGAUACACUUUAGAUUAUAAAAAAGAAGAAAAAGUUGUUCUACCUACAGCACCUAAAGCUGCACGUGGUCCAGAUGUUGAUAUGUCAAAAAUUCCUACUUCUCCUCCAUUUACAGCCUUUCUAGGAAAUCUGCCUUAUGAUGUAUCAGAAGAUGACAUAUCAAGUUUCUUUAAAAGGCUUGAGGUUAAAAAUAUUCGCCUUCCUCGAGAGAAUGGUGAUCGAGGACGGAUAAGAGGGUUUGGCUAUGCAGAAUUUAAUAGUCAAAACGAUCUAAUGCAGGCAUUGUCUUUAACUGGCGAGACCUUGAAAAAUAGGGCUAUUAAAGUCAGUGUGGCUGGAGAACAUGAUGGUGAUAGAAAUGACAGACGUGAUGGCGGUGUUGACAGAACUUUAGGUGAUUGGAGAUCUGAUAAAAGAGAUCAGUUUUCUAGAGAUGAUUCCAGAAAUGAUAGUUUUCAAUCCAGGAGUGGUUAUGGAGACAGAGAUUCUUACAGGAAUCGAUCAAAUUAUGACAGGCCAUUUGAGAGAAAUAAUGAUCGUUUUGAUAGAAAUGAUCGGUUUGAAAGAAAUGGGGAUCGCUUUGACAGAAAUGAUUUUGGAAGUAGGAAUGAUCGCGACUAUGGCAGAAAUGAAGACAGAGGAUUUGAGAGGCGGAAUGAUAGAGGUUAUGGUUUUUCUGAUAGAGGUAUGAGUCGUGGUGGUGGUGGCAGGAACGAUCGCCGUGAUGGAUUCCGUGAUAAUUAUGGUCGAAGAGACGAUAGAGAUUCCAGAUUCCGAGACUCUUCAGACAGAGACAUCCCUCCCAGAGAUAAUGUAGAUAGGCAGUAUGAUAGGCCAUCAAAUGAUUCUGGUGUUCCCAAGGAACGAAGGAAGCUACAGUUGGCUCCUCGUACUAAACCAAUUGAACCGGUACCACCACCUUCUGAAGCAAUUACUAAGAGCUCAAUAUUUGGUGGAGCAAAACCAGUUGAUACUGCUGCCAGGGAACGUGAGAUUGAAGAAAGACUAGCUAGAGAAAAAGAAGUUGUUGUUCCUAAAGAAAGGGACGGUGAUAGAGUUCGGAAAUUCAGCUCUGGUUCUGGAAUGAGUAACAGAUCCAGACGAUCUUCAGAUUCUGGACCACCAGGGUCAGCAAGGGAAGAUGAAGAUUCAGUGCCGCAGUACAAACCACCUCUACCAAAACAGCAGGUGGAACGUGAAAGAGAACAACCAUACAAUACACUUCCCAGGACAAGACAAAGAUGUGGAAGUACUAGCAGUACCGGAAGUGAUAGAGAAAACGUGAAAGCUAACCCUCCUUCAAAUAGUAGAAAAGGUUUUAAAAAUAAAAAUUACAAUAGUAACUACAAUGCGAGAAGUGAUAACUCUGAUGAUGCUGCACCACGAUCUAGUAAUGAUAGAAGCUCUUACUCAGAGCCUGCAAAAGGAGGCUUUAGAAGUGUUAGGCAUAAUCAUUCAUACCGAGACAAUUCCAGAGACAGGAUACAUGGUACAACAUAUGAAGAGCCAAAGCCUCCUGUUUAUACAUCUGCAAAUAAAUUUUCUCAUCUCAUGAAUGAUGCUGAGGAUCUGGACCGAGGUAGCAACUCUGAAUAAUUGAAAAUAGUGCUAAAUUGAAAAAAAGCUCUUGCAACUACAAUUUGGAAAGUUUUAAAUGGCCUUAGAACAUGCGGGACAUUGUUUUUGUGUCCGUCUUUUUCACAUUUUUGCUUGUAACAUUUCUGAAGAGAGAUUCUGUUGCAGCCAAAAUGUAAACAUUCAUCAGCAGCUGAGAUAGCCAUUCUGAAGCAUUUUAAUUUAACUCUUUAAAACUGGAAUUUAGAUUUUAUAUAAAAGCAAGCACUAAACAUGAUUGUUCAAAUUAAAAAUUUUUUUAUUCUGCCUUAAGUUGAAUGCAUCUCAUUUAUUGUGUAUUGACAAUUUUUUGAAAUAUAUAUUUUCUUAAAUUUUAGGAUGAGUUCAGUAUUUGACUUUGUAAAUUUGAGAAAUGAAAACAUACUAUCAAAGAUCAUGAUUAUUUUUUUUUGAAUAUUAUUCAUUCAGGAAAAAUAUUUUAAUGCAACCCAAAUUCUUUAAGAAAUUAAUAGUUAGUAAAAUUAAUUUUUGAAAUUACUAACAAAGUAUUUUUCUAUCUAACUGCUGAACUAAGUCUUAUUUUUCUCCUAACUUUUAAAAUUGUAUUCAUACGGUUGUAGAUUUCGUUUUUCACAAAUUGUUAGUCAUCAAGUUCGAUUCUUUUUGUUAUGUUUCAUGUUAUGAGGAAAAUAAAGCUUAAGUUUUGAAUUUGUUUCUUUUAAUGAGUGGUGGUUUUUAUUAAUUCAAAAUAAUUUUUGUUACUUUGCUUUUCGGUAUCUUUAUACUAAUCUCUCAAUAAACAAAUCAAUUUAACUACUUUAUUUUAUAAACGUGAUCAUAAAUUAACAAUAUAAUUUUACCUAGCUAAUUAUCAUACUGUAGUAUUUCAUAUUCUAUUUGUUUUAAUAACUUUUUGAAUUAUAUAAUAUAUUAGCAAAACCAUUAUGUAAUUAAUUACUAUAUUUUACUGCAGAUUUUAGUUCAAAAGUUUUGAUUAGGGGAAUUACUGAAAAUGCUUAAAUAAGACUUUUGAUAUUUUGUUUGGUUUGUUUUUUUGUUUUGAUAUCCUGAUUGUAUUUCUUUUUGUUUUAAGACUGAUGGUGACUGUAAAUGCAGUUUUUAAUUCUAUUAUAUUGAAAUUUUGUAAAUUUUGUUCUCUGUUUUGUUUUCAGUUUGAUAUUAAUAGAAAAUUGAGUGGUUUAAAUUUUUAGGAAUUUUUAAAAUGGAACAAUUAUUACUUUAUGAAAAAUACAUUUUACUCACUGUGGCUUUAACUCGUGUAGUUUUACUCUUAGAAUUCAUUGUAGUUAAUGCAAAAGCAUUCAUUAAAUGGUAUAUGAAUUAAUAUUUAAGCAUGUUGAUUUUGUUUGAAUGCACAUUGUUUUUGAAAUUUCACAGUUGGGUGCUAUUGUCAUUGACUGUGAGUUACUUGCUGUUAAUUUUUUUUAAAAAAACUUGUGAAUAUUUGUAUUUAAAAUGUUCUUUGGGCUUCUUGUUUUUCUGGCAAUUUUGAUUUUUACCUAUGUAAUUGACUUAAUGUAAUCAGUUUUUAAGUAACUGGUCUCACACCAAAAUAACUCAUAAUAUUGUGCUACCAUAUUAUUAUAUUUACUGAAGCAGUUAUUUCCAUUACUUUAAUAUAAAUAGAUUUUGUAAAUAAUGUUUUGUGCUGAAUGGAAAUGAAUUAAGUUAAUUUAUUUUCAUGAUAAAGACCAGAUUUGUACAAAUUAAGUUCAUCAGUGUUUUGAGUAUUAGGUGUAUUGGAAAAUGUUGUGAAAAUAACUAAUAUAUGAACUUGCAAUAAAACAUAAUUUUUCCUUAGCACCUGCUUUUUAUAGCUGAUAGACUAUUGGUUGUUAAACCUUGAAAUUUAUUGUGUGUAUGGGUCAUGCUGCUAAACUCAGACUAAGAAAUAUGUUAGGAAUUGAAAUAAGUGCAACUUGCAUAGGUAUCUUAUUUGACUGAUAUUCUUACACUGCAUCUUAUGGAAUCAAAUCAAAAUAUUUUAUUUUUUUGCCAGUGGAAACAUGGCUGGCCCAGAGUUGCUGGUAGAUAUGUAAAUACUAUGCCUUCUUACGUGUUUUUUAGUGCACUCAUUUUUCACAAAAAUGUUCAUACAUACUAAAUUUGUUGAAAUUACUUUUCUGACUAUGACUUCUCGUUUUAUAGAACUGUAGUUAAAUGUGUUUAAUGUAUUAUACUAUAGUAGGAACAUGAGAAGUGACAAUUUCUGGCAAGAAUGUUAAAAUAUUUAUAUUGUACAUUACUGACAGAGCUAGUUUACUUUCUUCUCUAAAUAUCACAUUGUGUGAAAAAUGUAUAGUCAUUUUAUCAGCAGUUCUGCUGGAUUUAAUUAUACGAGUGUGAAAUGCAUUUCUUAGGCCAAUCAUGCAACAGUGGUGUAAAUUGAAUAAAUAUAAUGGUAUUCAUAUUAA